AUGGCUUAUUUGUCCAAGCUCAGAGUUGCACCAAACCUCCACCUCGCUGAACGGACCAGGGAGCCCUUCCUCAGCAUUGUCGCCUCCUUACGCCAACGUCGACAAACCACGAGGCCUCCACCAACCACUAAACCCUCGUCCCACCACGAUUCAACUCUAAUGGAGCCUCCCACACAUCACGUUGCGAUUAAACCUAAAACAAUUCUACAAGCCAUUGGUCAGAUUGGGGGAAAACACAAAUUAAAAAAAGGGUUUCGUGAAAGGAAUGAGACAGAAAAUGAGAAUGUGAAUACCCGCCACGUCGUAACAGAAAUCCCUGCAAAGCACUCCUCCAACGAUUUCCUGGCCAGGAUUGAUGCAAAAACCAAGUCUUUCGAGCAAGUGUUUCGUGCAAUGGAAAAGGGUUUAGAUAUAAGGCCGUCGGUAAAUUGUCCCCAUGUUUCGUGUGGUUGUCGUGCUUCUUGUGAUUUAUGUGAAAAACGUCUUCAACAUAAUCGUUAUUGGAAGAAAAGGGGAUGUGAUGGAUCAGUGCUACUGAACUCAACAAACAAUCAGGCUGAAAAGAAUGCUCCUCUGAAUCUCACAGUCAGAGGCUUUGACUUCAUUGACAGAAUAAAGAGCCUUGGCGUGGUCUCUUGUGCUGAUAUCCUAACUUUGGCAGGCAGAGACACCAUUUUAGCCACAGUAAGAGCUCAAUCUUUAUCAAAAAAGCUAAAGUAUAACCACAAAAGACUUCUGCUUCGUCUUUAUCUACACUUCCAUUUUGAUAACAAAAAAUUACUCGUUAUGGCUUUCAGGGUGGACCCUUUUCGAAAGUUUCAAACUUUGCUGCUAGAUCUCUUCUAAUAAGCAGCAGAAUUUAGAGAGGAUUUAUUGUGCUGCAUGCACACAACAGAGUUAAUGUAUUUUUUUGUAGUUCUUCUUUUUAUUAUUACUGAAGUAC